CAAUGAACUUCCUCAGAGCACUCCUGUCUCGGAAGAUCGUCGGAUUAGGCAUCCUAAGCAUAAACAAGCUACAGUUUUCGGUCGGAGUCUUCGAAGCCGCGGUCCAACUACUUGUGAACCUGAAAACAGUCAUUUCGAGAGACCUGAGCACUAGCGAUAUAUUUACUGUUGUCGGAAUCUACAUUAGCGGAGAUGAAACGAGAGACCCGAUGAGAAACAUCUUUAGCUCUGUCGGAGCGCCCGACGUCGUCAUCGGCCUGGGACACAUUGCCUAUCCAAACAACAACAUGACAAACUGCGAAAUAAUACCUCACAGCACUUACUCUAAUGACACCAGAGCAAACCAGCUGCGAGCAAAUUACGGCAGUCUCUAUUCACUGGCUUGUGAGGGAUUCGACAUAUUUGACAUUAACCUCGGUUUGCCCUUCCAACAGUUAGCCACCAACGAUGGUGCGCAGAUUCAGAACUUCAAGAAGUCGCGGUUUUUUGUAUUCGAGGAUAGAACAAGCCUCGCUGUAAAGGUAAGCAAAAGGCCGCACACUGACCACAAGGACGUGGUGUGUAAGAUAUUCAAGCGAAGCUUGUAUUGCCUGACUCGGGUGCCAUCGGUGUAG